UACAGAAGACUCCGCCCCAGCUUGUGCGUUCAAAACGGGCCUUGUUGAUGCCGAAACCCACAGCCAUUGAGUGGUCAGAAAUCUUUCAUAAUGCCGACCAUAAAAUUGCAAAGUUCGGAUGGGGAGAUGUUUGAAGUUGACGUUGACAUUGCUAAGCAGUCAGUGACAAUCAAAACGAUGUUAGAAGACUUGGGAAUGGAUGAUGAAGGCGACGAUGAUCCAGUUCCUUUGCCUAACGUCAAUGCAGCCAUUCUCAAAAAGGUGAUCCAGUGGUGCACCCACCACAAGGACGACCCCCCUCCCCCAGAGGACGACGAGAACCGGGAGAAGCGUACGGAUGAUAUCCCCGUGUGGGACCAGGAGUUCCUGAAGGUGGACCAGGGCACGCUCUUUGAACUGAUUCUGGCCGCUAAUUAUUUGGAUAUCAAGGGACUGCUGGAUGUCACGUGCAAGACGGUGGCCAAUAUGAUCAAGGGCAAGACCCCCGAGGAGAUCCGCAAGACCUUUAACAUCAAGAACGACUUCACGGAGGAGGAGGAGGCGCAGGUCCGCAAGGAGAAUCAGUGGUGCGAGGAGAAGUGAGGAGGAGGCCUUGCGCAUCCCCACACGCGUGGACUUCCCUUCCUCCCCUUGCCCCUUUCCCCCGGCAGGGUUUCCCCUUGAGAUUCCGGCCAAGCUGCACUGUUCAUAUUUGUGGAUAUUAUCUUAUACCAUUACCUUAGAGUGACAGAUCUUGUGAGCAUACAUAGCUAGAUCGUUUCCCCCCCUCCUUUGCUUGUGUGGUACCAAUAAUCUUGCGCUUGACUUUUUUUUCUCCCUCAAACACCUGAGCUUCUUCUUCCUUGUAUAUGUGGGUAGUGUUCAGGCAUAAAAGAAUAGGAACCCAUGCUUCCUCCCAUGCAUAUUUUGGAUUUAUAGCUUUUAUUGUUGAGUGAAUUAGGCCUUUUUUCAUAUUGCAAAUGACACAAGCUUGAUACAACAUUUUAUGAACACCUUCUCACUAUGAUUUUAUUUGAAAAUAAACAUUUUCUUUUGCUCAA